UUCAUGAGUUAUUGAACUUCAGCAUGCAAUACAAAAAGAGAAAAAAUGAGGGAUCGAAACGAGAAGACAGCGAAGUCAGGAUUAUGUUGACUGAUAUCAAACAAAGGAGUACAGAAUUGGAAAGACCAUCAAAGAGGCAAAAGAGAGGAGUAAAGAAGGCUGAACAAAAUGAAGCUGGUAAUCAAGGACAGUCCCAGAAGGGAAAUACAGGAGAACAGAAAGCUGAAAAAAAGAAUGAAAAAGGUGGAAAGGAAAUACCUUCAAAGAGACAAAAGAGAGGAGCACAGAAAGCUGACGAAAAAGAAAAUGCAGCUGAUAAUCAUAGAAAGCCACAGACAGAAAAUAUAGGAGAGCAGAGAGCUGAAGAUAAGUGUGUUGAAGUUGAAAGUCAAAGUCAAUCAGAGAGUCAAAAGAGAGAACAGAAGACAACAGAAAAUGAAGAUGAAGGUGAUUCGAAGUUAUGUUAUGAUUCCUGGGAGGAAGAAAUGUUGCAGCUUGCAAAAGAAGCCCAGCAAAAGCUUUCGCCAGCAGAAAGAGAUGCUUCCUGCAAUGAUUGGCCAGUUAUGGUUCCUGGUAGACUAAGCCUAACAGGAAAAAAGAAGUUCUAUGACGUUAGUAGGGAGGAAGUAAAAAGGCGAGUUGGAUCUCCUGAAAACCUUUCAUCGACUAUGGUCUGUCAGUUGUUAAAGAGGAGCAGAUCAGUGGCAAAUAUUCCACCAGGAAUUGUUAUAAGAAGGAACAUCAAGACUUCUAUAAGCUUAUUUUCAGGCCUUACAGAAGGAGAGGCAAAAGACUUGGCUGAUGAUUUCAGCAACAUUGUUGAAAAGAGCGAAAUCUUUUCAAGGCUUAGUAAAAUAUGCUCAUCAAGAAAAGAAGCUAAUGAAGUUCGAGAUGUUCUACUUAAAGCUGUUGACGUAUUAGAAAAUAUUGGAGACCUAGAAGAGGGAAACAGACUUACUCAUGGUUUUAUGAAACCAGCUUUAACUUUUGUUGUUAAAGAGUUGGCAAAACACAUAGAUUAAUUUUCAUACGACCGCAAAAGUAUUUUUUUUUCCGUAUAUUGGUAUCACGUCGUCGUCGUCAGCGCCGUGCGAAGACAGAUGGUUUCCGGAUAAUAACUUUUAUAUAAGUAAAUAGAAAUCAAUUUAAUUUUAACACAAUGUUUAUAACCACAAAAAGAAGGUUGGGAUUGAUUUUCGGGUUAUGGUCCCAAAGGUUUAGGAAUAAGGUGCCCAAAGGGGCCCAAAACAAGCAUUUAUCUAAUUUUAGGACAAAAACUUGUGUAUAAGUAAUUCAAUUGCUCUGAAAUUGUACCACAAGGUUUAAUACCAUAAGUAGAAGGUUGGGAUUUAAUUUAAGGGUUAUGGAGCAUAGGAAUUAAGGGCCAAAAAGGGCCCAUAAACAUGCAUUUUUCUAGUUUCCGCACAAUAACUUGUGUGUAACUGC